AUGUGUGGGACAGGUUCAUUGAAACAAAGUAUGGGAAGUCAUGCAGCAGAACAAGAAAAGAAACAGAAUGAAAAAGAGAAUCAGAAAGAACUUGGUAAAGAUGUCCAAUAUGGCUGUGUUAUACAGCUUCUUCAUCUGAAGAGUAACAAAUAUCUGACAGUAAACAAGAGAUUACCAGCUCAACUGGAGAGAAAUGCUAUGCGGGUAUCUCUAGAUGGUUCCGGCAAUGAGGGGUCCUGGUUCUACAUUGUACCAUUCUACAAGCUAAGACAGCCAGGAGAUAAAGUUGUUGUUGGUGACAAGGUGAUAUUAAACCCGGUGAAUGCAGAGCAGCCCCUGCAUGCUAGUAACUAUGACCUCCCUGACAACCCAGAGUGCAAAGAGGUCAACUCUGUCAGUUGUAACACCAGCUGGAAGAUGGUGCUCUUUAUGGACUUCAAAGACAACAUGGAAGAUGUUCUUAAAGGAGGAGAUGUUGUACGACUGUUCCAUGCUGAAGAGCAGAAGUUUCUCACAGCAGACGAAUAUAAAAAACAGCAGCAUGUUUUUCUCAGGACCACGCAGAGAUUGUCAGCUACGUCUGCUACUAGCUCAAAGGCAUUGUGGGAAAUUGAGGUUGUGCAACAUGAUCCAUGUAAAGGAGGGGCUGGUCACUGGAACAGUCUUUUUCGGUUCAAACACCUUGCUUCAGGACAAUAUCUGGCUGCAGAGAUUGACAAUGAUCCAAGAAUAGAUCCAACCAGACAGAAGUUGCGAGGCUCUCCUAUCGCUAAUGUAUACUGCCUAGUAUCUGUACCACAUGGGCAUGAUAUAGCCACGUUGUGGGAGCUAGACCCCACCACAAUGACUAGAAGUGACACCCUUGUUCCAAGGAAUUCCUAUGCACGUCUACAUCAUCUAUGUACAGGGACAUGGGUUCACAGUACAUCAUGUUUAGCCAUUGAUAAAGAUGAAGAUAGGCCUGAGAAAAAUAAGGUUGGUUGUGCACAGAUAAAGGAGGACAAAGAGGCCUUUAACAUAGUACCCGUACCUCCAAGUGAAGUCAGGGACCUGGACUUUGCUAAUGAUGCAAGUAAAGUGGCUGGGGAAAUAGCCAGCAAGCUGGAGAAAGGAUCUAUUACACAGAAUGAGAAAAGGAAUGUAACAAAGCUGCUGUCAGACCUGAUAUAUUUUGUGUGUAACCAGGAAUCUUCAGACACUGGCACAGAUCCCCUACAUGUAGAAAUGAUCAAUCCAAAUGACUGUAGGGAGAGGCAGAAACUGCUUAGAGAACAAAACAUAAUAAAACAGGUUUUCAAAAUACUGCAAGCACCGUUUAAUGAUCACGGGGAUGGUCCAGCAUUACGGAUGGAGGAUAUAAUGGACCAGAGACACGCCCCCUACAGGCAGAUCUGUAAACUGUGUUAUAGAAUAUUGAAGUUGUCUCAGCAAGAUUAUAGGAAAAAUCAGGAAUAUAUUGCGAAGAAUUUCCCGUUCAUGCAGAGACAGAUAGGCUACGACGUGUUAGCGGAAGAUACAAUCACAGCGUUAUUACACAACAACAGGAAGUUGUUGGAGAAACAUAUCACUGCAUCAGAAAUAGAAACAUUUGUUAAACUGGUCAGAAAAAAUAAAGAGCCAAGGUUUUUGGAUUACUUGUCGGACCUGUGUGUAUCCAAUAAAGUUGCCAUUCCAGUUACCCAGGAACUAAUCUGUAAAUGUUUACUUAGUGAAGAAAAUAAAGACAUUCUUAUAGAUACCAGAGUGAUAAAGACGCAGACAGAGGUAGAGAUGGAAGAUGAGAACCCCGAUGAUGGUAUCGUGGAGCCGUACUACACAUUAGAGGAGGAGGAAGACGUGGUCGUGAUAUGGAAGGAAGAUAACGGAGAACUACAACAAGAGGAGAUAAGAACACUAGCAACAAAUGCAGCAGAAGAUCCUUCCAGUAGAGAUAAAGCUGUACUCAAAUAUUACAGACACCAGUUAAACCUGUUCUCACACAUGUGUCUAGAUAGACAGUACCUGGCUAUAAAUGAACUUUCCAAGGACCUUGACAUUGAUCUCAUUCUCAGAUGUAUGUCAGAUGAGAAGCUACCAUUUGAGUUACGUGCCUCCUUCUGUCGUCUGAUGUUACACAUGCACGUUGAUAGGGAGCCACAAGAGACGGUUAAACCUGUGAAAUAUGCCAGACUCUGGAAGGAAAUACCUGCUCAAAUUGCAAUUGAAGAUUAUGAAUCCAACAUUGGUAAGGAUCCAGAAAAGGAGCGUGUGAAGCCAGCAUUUGCUCAGACAAUAAUGUUUGUGGAGGAUUACCUUACGGAAGUUAGUCAGGAUGGGUCAUUUGCUGAUAGGGAACAGAAUAAACUAACAUAUGAGGUUGUGAAUUUAGCUAGAGAAUUGAUCUACUUUGGUUUCUACACAUUCAGUGAUUUGUUACGACUAACAAAGACACUGUUGUCUAUACUUGACUAUGUACCAGAACAUAUGGGAGGUUUACCUGUCAACAAGCUGGCAGUCACAGCAGAGGACCCUGCUGAUGAUUUGCCUACAAAGAGAAGAACAGAGGACACUGAUACAAUGGUGAUGGAUACAAAACUUAGAAUUAUAGAAAUUUUGAAGUUUAUUUUGGAUGUGAGACUAGAUUAUAGAAUCACAUGUUUGCUUUCAAUCUUCAAACGAGAAUUUGACGAGAAUAAUGCUCCAAGAGAUACUGAUGGUUUAGAUUUGGAGAGUAUAGGGCAGCAGGCUGAGGAUAUUUUUGGUGGAAGUGCUGAGACAGCUGAACUUGACCUAGAUGAUCAGGGAGGGAAGAUGUUUCUACGUGUAUUGCUCAACCUUGUCAUGCAUAAUUACCCGGCACUUGUCUCCGGUGCUCUACAACUUCUCUUCCGACAUUUCAGUCAGAGGAGAGAGGUUCUACAAGCCUUCAAACAGGUACAAUUACUGGUGACAGACAGUGAUGUAGAAAAUUACAACCAGAUUAAAACAGAUCUGGAUGAGUUACGGAACCUUGUUGAAAAGUCAGAACUCUGGGUAUAUAAGGAAAAGAAGGGAGACGACUCUAAAAAGAAAAAGUCAGGAGAUAAAAAGAAUAAGAAACCUUUUACAUCAGAGAAAGGUUCAGCUAUUGAUCUGGAUUUGGGACCACCUAUUGACAAAAAACAUGCAGAAAAUUACAGGAUUAUUAAGAGGAUAUUGAUAAGGUUGACAAGUCUAUGUGUACAUAAUACAUCAGAAGGUGUGAAGGCACGCAAACAUGAGCAGAGACUUUUGAGAAAUAUGAGUGCUUACUCUGUAGUCCUUGAACUGCUACAGAUACCUUAUGAUAAGCAUUCUGACAUCAGGAUGAUGGAGCUGAUGAAAUUAGCUCACAAAUUUCUACAAUCAUUUUGUCUGGAGAAUCAACAAAAUCAAGCUUUGCUUCAUCAAAGUCUGGAACUGUUCCUCACUUCUGGGAUUUUGGAGACACAGACUUGCACGGCAAUCUUCAGGGACAAUGCAAUGUUAGCCAAUGAGAUAACAGAUAAUGUUAUACAACAUUUUGUACAUGCUAUAGAAACUAACGGUAGACAUGUACAGUAUCUGAAAUUCCUACAGACUGUAGUGAAGGCAGAGGGACAGUAUAUCAGGAAAACACAGGAUAUGGUCAUGGCAGAGUUAGUGAAUGUUGGUGAAGAAGUUCUUCUGUUCUACAAUGACCGACUGUCGUUCCAAAAUCUUGUGUCUUUGAUGCAGUCAGAAGAGUUGAGGAAUGAUGAUAAUAGUGUCCUUAACUAUCACAUCAAUCUCGUGCAGCUGCUGGCACUGUGUACCGAGGGCAAGAAUGUAUACACAGAGAUAAAGUGUCAUUCUCUACUACCGUUAGAUGACAUUGUUAGAGUGGUGACACAUAAAGAUUGUAUUCCAGAGGUAAAGUCUGCCUACAUCAACUUUCUCAACCAUUGUUAUAUAGACACAGAGGUAGAAAUGAAGGAGAUUUAUACCAGUAGUCAUAUGUGGACAUUGUUUGAAAACUUUCUUCUUGAUAUGGCUUUUGUGUCAAAUGCCACCAAUGAUCGUAAGCAUGCUGAUACAGCCCUUGAGAACUAUGUUACAAUCACAGUGAUGAGCGUUAUAUCUACAUUCUUCAACUCGCCUUUCUCUGACCAGAGCACUACUAUACAGUCGAGACAGCCGAUGUUUGUUAAGUUAUUACAAGGGGCAUUCAGGUUAUCUCACUGUUCAUGGCUUACUGGACCACAAAAUUUGAGCGUACAGGACUGCAUUAAAACAUUGUCAAAUAUAGCUGCUACUCAGUUUGAUCCAAAUACUACCAAACAGUAUUUCUUAGCAAAGAAUCGUGGGAUUGCCAUACCGUCUGACCUUGACACACAGGUUCACUCCAUGUUUGAAAAAUCCAACAUGAUGAAAAAGCACACGGCUAAAUGGUUGAGUGGUCAGCGACAGAAACGCGAGUCAGUGGCGUGUGUAUCACGUGAUUACAAAAAUAUUAUAGAGGGUCUUCAGGACAUAGUAGUGUUACUGGAAGACCAAUUAGCUCCCCUGGUUCAAGCAGAGUUGUCUGUCUUGGUAGAUGUUUUGCAUCAGCCAGAUUUGCUGUUUGCUGCAGGAACUGAAGAGCGCAAGAAAUGUGAAAGUGGUGGAUUUAUUUCUAGGCUAAUCCGGCACACAGAGAAGCUUUUAGAAGAAAAGCAGGAAAAACUAUGCAUCCAGGUCCUAGAGACGCUUAAGAAGAUGAUGAAGCUUGAAAAUGACUAUGGCGACAAGCCAGCUAAGAAAGAAUUGCAUAUACAUGCAGAGGCCAGAAAAAGGGUGGAUAUUAAAACUCUCACGAAAAAAGAACUUGAUGAUCAUCAUAGGGGAGAGGCACUGCGACAGAGUUUGUUGACUCGUUACUAUGGGAAACAUAAUUUGAAUCGUCAGGAUGUCUCGAUGGCAUCGAUAUCUCUGCGAGGUUCUAACAGAGAUGAUAGGACAUCAGACACUAUACCACAGAGGUCCGAGAUGAAGAUUCAUGAAGUUCAGUGUCAUUUGAACAAAGCUGGGGCAUCUGAUUUGAUUGUAGAUCUUGUAAUCAAAAACACAAAUUACAAGAUUUUUAGAGAGACUCUAGAGUUGGGUAUAGCCUUGCUUGAAGGUGGCAAUACUGUUAUACAGCAAUCACUAUGUGCAAGGUUAAAAAGUGAUAAGGACUCUGAGGUGUUUUUCCGUGUGUUUUACGGCUACAUGUUUGAAGCUCAAACUGAGAUCAAGAAUACAAUCAUGGUAAGCACAGCUGAGGUACUGACUGAGAAGAAGGUAGAAGACAGUAAACACCCUACAGGAAUACUUGGAAGGCAUAGAGAAGAACCAGAGGGGAUGGUGUUGCGUAGUAACAGCCAGGAUGAAGAUGGAGCUCCACAUACAGUGGAGGAUGCUCUAGCUGACAAGGCUAAUCGUGAGAAGGAUGAGAAGAAGUUGCCCAGCCAGAUAGCUAUUAUGGAACCAAUCCUUAGAUUCUUACAACUUCUCUGUGAAAAUCAUAACAGGGAUUUACAGAAUUACCUUCGUGAGCAGCCAGCAAACAAGAACAAGUACAAUCUGGUUACACAGACUUUACAGUUUCUUGACUGUAUAUGUGGAAGUACAACAGGCAAACUAGGCCUGUUGGGGUUGUACAUUAAUGAAUCAAACCGAGGCUUAAUCAACCAGACUCUCACAACACUCACUGAGUACUGUCAGGGACCUUGUCACGAAAAUCAAAAUGCAAUAGCCAUGCAUGAGAGUAAUGGAAUAGAUAUCAUCAUAGCCUUAGUCCUUAGCGAGAUUAGUAUGGAUCUUGUUCUCGAACUUAAGAAUAAUGCCUCCAAGCUAUUGUUAGCAAUCAUGGAGAGUCGACAUGACAGCGAGAAUGCAGAGAGAAUUUUAGUCAGCAUGAGUCCCCAACAACUUGUGGAACAAAUGACAGGAACUUUCAAACAGGCUUUGGCAGAGGGCGAUAUAGUUUUCGAUCAGGUUGAUGUUGGUAAAAGAGCGUUCCAGUCCGAGGAUGCUGUUGAAGAAGAGGAUGAAGAUAGAGAAGCUUCUCCCAAAGCUGUCGGUCAUAACAUCUUUAUCCUGGCUAAACAGUUAUCUCAACAUAACAAAGAUUUAGCAAACCUGUUGAAGCCAUGUGGAGAUCUGUAUGGUGAUCAGGCACUGGAAUUCUAUGCUAAACAUACAGCACAGAUUGAGAUUGUACGACAUGAUAGAACAAUGGAGAAGAUAGUGUUCCCAAUCCCUGAGAUCUGCGGUUUUCUGACGGACGAGACCAAACAUCACGUGUUUAACACUGCAGAGAGAGAUGAACAAGGUAGCAAGGUCUCCGACUUCUUUGAGAGAGUAGAAGACAUGUAUAAUGAAAUGAUCUGGCAGAGGGAUCUAAGAGCCAAUCCAUACCUUUCGUGGUUCAGCAGUCAUAUGUCAUUCUGGGGAAAUAUUGCCUUCAACUUCGCUGUACUGAUCAACCUGCUUGUAGCUUUAUUCUACCCAUUUGAAGAUAGCAAAAGAGAGUUAGAUUCACGCCUGUCUGGCCUUGUGUGGACGGCCAUGUUGGCAUCCCUAGCUCUUGUGAUCACCAUAGCAACACCGUCUAGCAUCAUCACAUUGAUAGCGUCAUUUAUCCUACGUAUGAUCUUCUCUGUAGGUGUUGAACCUACGCUCUGGUUGCUAGGAGUUCUAAAUGUUAUAAAUAAAGGUAUAUUCUUGAUAAGUAUGAUGGGAAACAGAGGAACGUUUAACAAACCAUGGCGACUUGUGAUCACAGAUUUCGGUUUUGUUUAUCAUGUUACACAUCUAAUAUUGUGUGUGCUGGGAUUGUGUGUUCAUGAGUUCUUCUACAGUUUACUGUUACUUGAUGUGAUAUACAGAGAAGAUACAUUGAUAAAUGUGAUAAAAUCUGUGACAAGAAAUGGACGCUCCAUUGUCCUGACCACAGUUUUAGCCGUCAUUCUUGUUUACAUGUUUUCUAUACUCGGAUAUAUAUUCUUCCAAAAUGAUUUUUUGAUGGAAGUGGAACUUUUACCAUCCAGUCCUAUUCCAAAAAAUAUUACAGAAGACACUUGCUCCAAUGAUACUUGUACAGAUACUGCUGUUAGCCAUUUUGUAGAGGAUGCAGAGGGUGCAGAGCCUGAACGACAGAGAGCAUGUGAUUCAUUGGUCAUGUGUAUAUUGACUACAUUAAAUCAGGGACUCCGUAAUGGAGGUGGGAUUGGUGAUGUGUUAAGAAAACCAAGUUCAGAUGAGCCGCUAUUUGUAGCCAGAUUUGUGUAUGACUUGUUGUUCUUCUUCAUAGUUAUCAUUAUCAUCUUGAAUCUUAUCUUUGGUGUUAUCAUCGACACAUUUGCUGAUCUGAGAAGUGAGAAACAAACUAAAGAUGAAAUUCUUCGGAACACAUGCUUCAUAUGUGGAUUACCAAGAAGUGCCUUUGACAAUAAAUCUGUUUCUUUUGAGGAGCAUAUUAAGAUAGAACACAAUAUGUGGCACUAUCUGAACUUUAUUGUUCUUGUUAAAGUGAAGAAAUCCACAGAGUUCACUGGCCCCGAGAGUUAUGUCUCAGAAAUGGUGAAGGAGAAGAAUUUGGACUGGUUCCCGAGAAUGCGUGCAAUGUCUCUGGCAGCGGAGGAAAAUGAGGGGGAACAGAACGAUUUACGUACGUUACAGACGCAGCUUAACUGUACCAAUGAAUUAGUCCAGUUGUUGUCACACCAGCUUAAUGACCUGAAAGAACAAAUGACGGAGCAAAGAAAACAGAAGCAGAGGAAAGGUUUCCUUCAUUCAGCAGCUACCAUGCCAACCAUGAUGCAAAAUGUGUGAUAUAUGACAUAAUAACAUUUAUAAUAUUUCGAGGGAUCACCGUCAUACAUGUACAUUGUAUCAUUUUUUUUUUCAUUUCAGAAGCAACAGCUCUUUAAUACAUCCUUAGUUUAUUCUUUUUAAUAUGGAAUUUCAUGACUGUAGACAUUGAGAGUUAUAGCAUAUUUAGUUACAUCAGAAAAAAAAAAAUCAUGAUAAAAAAAGGGGAAAGAAGUGGCCCCUUAACAUUUUGUAAGGGAGACAUUUCACCCUUAAAGCAGCUUCCAUAUUAUCUCACCAUGAUCAUCUUCAUUUUAAAAGAUUAAGAAGGAAACAAAACUAGAUUUGUGUGCCAAAAAAAAUGCUUCAUUAUUAUAAUGUAUUGAUCAGUAUCUUUUACAGUAUAAUAUACUAUAAUAGUUUCAUUUAAGAUACAUUAAACUUGCAAGGUUUUUUUUGGUGGGGGGGGGGGGUGGUAUUAUUAUGUUUGAUAAUAUAAGUGAUCAGUGGUGUAAUUUUGAGUUAUUGAUAGAUUUUUAUAUUAAAAAAUUCAAAAACGCUAAAAAAUGUGUAGAUGAAUUUUUUUAGGAAGGUGAAUUUGAGUUCAUUAACAAGUGUGGAGGUCAAUAUUGCCGAGGUAUGUAUGUAUGUGAAAUGUAAAAAAAAAUGUUUCAGAAUGCUAAAAACUGAAAAUAAAAAUAACAUGUUCCUUUAAUCUUUAUUACUUUGAAUAUGGCAGUGCUCUUAGUAAACUAAAGAAAGAAGACUGUCAUUAAAAUAUUGUGUCCAAUACAAGCAAAAUACAAACAAUAAUAUGUACAAAUCAUUGAAAUGUAUAUGCCACCAGUUUUAAAUGAGGCCAGCCUUCACUUCCGUCCAUGCAGACCAGAUUCUGUACUGUUUUGUCAAUUUCAGUAUGUUAAUUUUACAAGUACUUCGUUGAUUUACAGUAAUAAUGAGUUUUUGACAUUUCACAAAACUAAAUUUCAUGAGGAUGUUGAAAAAGUGCACGCCAUUUGUAUAGGAUUUUUUUUUCUUUUCAAAUGUUGGUUCAUAUUUGAUAUAGAAUGUACGAGAAAAUAGUCCUCUUGAGAAAAUAGUCCUCUCAUAUAGCAAGUUAGUACCUGCACUAAAGUGCCAUAAUGUAGUGGUGAAUGACUGCUCAAGGAAUAGUGAUAACAAAAAUUAUCAUUUUACUCUAAGGUUUGUGAUUCAUGAAUGAAUUUUUUUUUUUUUUUGAAAUAUAUAAAAAAAAAAUUGUUAUGAAAAGAUCACCGACUUAAUUAUUUUAUUACACAUGUAUAUGAAUUAAUAGGAGGUUACCCAUUAUGACACUAAGGUGGUAAUAUAUAAGUUACAUCCUUAUCUGUGCUGGAACUUAUUACUUAUUACCCCCUGAUGAGGCUGUGCCACUAGUAUAGAGCCAGGCCAGCCUGCUCGUACCUCAGGCCAGCCUGCAAGUACUUCAGGCCAGCCUGAACAUGGUGGAGCAGAUAAGCCCUUGCCUAUUUGUCACAAGGUCCCUCGGUAGUCUGACAAAACAUUGGAAUGUGGUGGCAUCCAUUUCCUUAGGACACAUUUCAAGGGAAUAUUCCAAGUUGUAUUAUUAUUUUGAUUAAUGUGUAAAACAUAUUAUUUAUACCCAGGCAUAGAAAUAUAUAUUGAGUUUAUUGCUUUUUUUACAUUAAUGAAAUUUUAUAUUGAUAAUAAUUAAUGUAUUGCAAUGUAUUAAUGAAUGGUAUUUACUAUUAUUACAAUUGAGUGAUGUUUAGUGGUCUGAUUUUUUAAUUAGGAUUUUUAUAAUCAUUCCUCUGGAACAGAAAUGUACCCAUUGUGUACCAUAACUGUCAUUUCAUAUAUAUAUAUAUAUAUAUAUUAUAAUUAUAUCUAGAAUAACUGUUUUUUACAAUUAACUUAAGAAUUAAAUCUUGCAUUAGGGACCUCUUUACCACUGCAGGUUGAAAUCCUUGGGAGGGGAGGGGGUUCCUUCUAGUGAUGAAGCUAUCCAGAUAUUAUAUGGAAGGUCUGGGACUCUACUAACUUGUGGAUUAGUGCAUGAAAUAAUUGCAUAAAGGGGCGCCAGAUAUUUUCCAUAACUAAUAACCCUGGAAUAUCAUUUUGUGACAUUUACACUGUCUUUGUGACCCCUCCCCCCUCAAAAAACAUUUUAAAAUACUACUGUUCCUCUAAAUGAUUAGUUGUGUGAGAGGUAAACUGUAAACUUACAGACACAGUGGUAUGAAUCACUACGCAGAAUGGCAUAUCAGAAAUAUAGUAUUUAUACAUGUAUAUAAUUAUUACCUUUUAUAAUGAAUCUUUUUUCCAUAUACCUUGAAUCUAUAUAAAUGUUGCAAUAUAUGUGUAGUGCUAAAUUGUCUCGUGUUCUUCUCUCAUAUAACUCUGAUCUGAUCUGUUGCUUUGUCUUUUCAUCUUUUAUAUUAUAUGUUUUCUGUUGUUUAUUUGAAAUUGUUAUGAUGUACAUGUAAUAAUGAUAAAUAUAUAUAUAUUUACGUAAACAUAAAUAUAGCAGGUGCUAAAGGAUGAUUAUUUGAAAUAAAGAUGUAUGUUAAAAAUUA